AUGUUGAUGCUCACUAGCAAUUCCUUUAAUUUACCUGUUCCUCAACCACCUGGAUUCUUGCUUCCACACAAUCAUGGCGUCGAGUCAAGCGAAUGUCCAAUGAGGAAUCAAUCGACGGAUUGGAUUUCUGAUUCAGUGGCGAUUUUGGGUUAUGCAAAGUUCACGACUUUCCGAUUUCGAGGCUUUGGUGUUGUCUCUGCACAACCAUGCGUGAACAAUGCGUUUUUCAGACCCAAUAGUACUUACGACACGAACCGCGGCCAUAUCCUCUCUUCUCUUGCUUCAAACGCCACGGCUCAAAACGGCUUCUACAAUGGUUCCGUUGGCCAAGGACUUGAUCGAGUGUAUGGAGUUGGGAUGUGUAUUCCAGGUGCUGAACCAAAGCUCUGCUCAGAGUGUAUCCAGGAGGCGUCUGACGGGUUACUACAGAGCUGUCCUAACCAAACAGAAGCCUAUACCUGGUCUGGUGGAGGUAAAACUCUUUGUAUGGCAAGUUACUCCAACCGUUCGUUAUCUGGCUCACUUGAUAUGGACCCUCCUUCUUUGGGGUACAAUACUGGCGAUAUUAAAACUAACUCAACAGAGUUUGAUAGAAGAUGGGAAGAGUUAAUGCAGAGAAUGAUAACCAAGGCUUCCACUGGCAAAGACGCAUCGUUGUCUGAUCGUAAGUACUAUGCAGCCGACGUAGCAGCCUUGACAGCUUUCCAGAAUAUCUACGCGUUAAUGCAAUGUACGCCGGAUUUAUCUUCGAGGGACUGUAAAACCUGUCUAGGGACAAGUGUUGGUGACUAUGAGAGCUGCUGCCAUGGGAGGCAAGGUGGCUAUGUGUUUAGGCCGAGCUGUAUUUUCCGGUGGGAUUUGUAUCCGUUUAACGGGGCUUUCGAUCAUAUUACAUCGGCAGUGCCACCGGCAUCUCCUCCAGCUUCUUUGAAAUCCAACGCAACCAUCAUAAACCAGAAAGAUAGCAAAACAAUCUCAAAAGGAGUCAUCGUGGCAAUUGUUGUUUCAGCUGUAAUUGUCUUAUUGGUACUUGCUUCUCUAGGACUUGCUGUUUGCAGGAGGAGGAAGUCAUACCAGUCACUUGAUCAUCAGUCUGCCAUUGAUAUUAGGACUACUCAGUCACUGCAAUAUGAUCUUAAGACAAUAGAAGCUGCAACAAAUAAGUUUUCAGGGAGCAACAAGAUCGGUCAGGGUGGAUUUGGAGAAGUUUUCAAGGGCGUGCUUCCAGACGGGACAGAAGUCGCUGUGAAAAGGCUGUCAAAAACAACGAGUCAAGGCGCACGAGAGUUCAAGAACGAGGCUGUUCUGGUGGCGAAGCUUCAGCACAGGAAUCUGGUUAGGCUUCUCGGAUUUUGUGUAGAAGGUGAAGAGAAGAUACUCGUCUACGAAUUUGUGCCCAACAAAAGCCUUGAUUACUUCCUUUUUGGU